UGGUUUUCUUGAUUUCCUUCUUCUUUACAUGCAUGCACCCAGUUCUUGUUGAUUGAGCUGUAGCCCAACAAUUGCUGCUGCCACAGGAGGCCUGGUUUUCCUUUGGUUUAGUUAAUUUAAGACAUAUAAGCAUGGCUUCAAGCUCUAUUCAUACAUGCAAAUAUAAUGGGUUGCAUGAGUGUAAGGUUGGUAACAUCUUGGUUAAAAUAGAAACUCAGGUGGUUAUGUGGUUAAUUAAUUAGGUGUGAAUACAUGCAUGAAUGGAAUUAUGUGUGUAAGUUAUAGCUUGAUUUGAAAGCGCGUGUAACUUAAUAUCUUGAUGAUUUCUUGCAAAUAUUGGAGUUCAGUGGUGUAUACAUGAAUCCAUUAAAAGGGCAUGCAUGAUUUGCUAAACUUUUGAAGACCUGCAUAUUUUCAUGCAUGCUUGAAUAUGAAGAACUUAUAGGAGUUGAGCAAGGUUUGGGAUGGAUAUACUUAUAGUUGCUGGGGAGGGAGACUGUGUGAGGAUGGAAUCCUAGUGCUAGCUAGCUCGCAUGCAUGCUAGAGAGAAUGGGGCCUUUGAAGUUGAAAUUGGGUGCCUGCAUGAUUCAAAAUUGGUUUUAAGUUUUAAGUUAACCUUGGAGAUUCCAUGCAUGGGUGUGGUUAAAACUUCAUAAACGCUUGAGUUUAGAAUUUGAUGCUCAAGUUUAUGUGUAAUAUUGUGUAUGGUUCCGUAUGCCAUUUAAUUAGUUAAUUGUAUUAGUAUUGGCUCGUGUUAUGCAUGCAUUUAAGCACCAUUCCAUGCCAAUGGAAUACUGAAGGGAGUGAUCUAUGGGCAUAUAUAAACAGCUUGUAUCUUGAGUUAAUAAUGCCAUAGCUCCUAAUUUAGUUGCCAUGUUGGAUGGUAUAGAAUUUACCAAUAGGACACAGUGAAGCCAGCAAAAAUCAUCAAAAGAGGAUUCUGGCUAUAGCCUAUAAAUAUCUUCAGUUGAGAAGCCAAAUUGAAUGGAUGAUGUAUGCUAUCUACAGUUUGGUUUUUCCGAGUUUCUGAGUUUCUGAUAAUUGACCGAUUUUUUUAGAAAAUCUAUACUUUUAGGCAUGUGCUAGUUUUUGCUCGGAUAGGUUAAUAUAUAUAUCAUGCUUUACAUUUAUGCUUUUUAAACAAGUUCUUGAGCUUAAAAUGGAUGUGUAUAUUUCAGUUUGAUCAUGUUAUGGUAAUGCUAUGAAUUUAUUUGGGUUGUUAUGAUAGUAAAAAAGGAAGUUAUGGUGAAGCCGAAGAGAUUGGAUGAAGCUAUGAAGGAUAUUAUAAUGGACGUUGAGGUUCAAGACAUGGGUUCUGGAUUAUCUGUGUUUCUUCUUAGUUUCCGCGGUGGCUUUUUGGUAUUUUCCAAGAUUCUCCGGGUGCUCCAAGAAGAGGGGAUGGAAAUCUUAGCUGCCAACUUCGUCUCCGGUGAAAAGGCUUUUAUGACAGUGCAGUAUUUGGCUUCAGAGAAUGGUAACAGUGGGUUUGAAGCUGAUAAAGUUGCGGAGAGAUUGAAGAAAGACGUUCAGAAUUAUAAUCAGAAUUAAUGUUUGCAUAAUUGCAUGCACGCAAGAUUUUAAUCUUUUGUGAUUAGAAUUGAGAAUCAAUAAUCAGGAUAUGUUAAUUUUAACUUUUUUAAAUUUGUUUUUAAUUUGGUGAUGAUACUCUGUGGAGCUUCCA